AUGAGCUCUACAAAGUCCCAUAAGUAUGGGUUAUACUCUAGAAUAUAUCCAUAUCUUUAUGCUAUAUUAGCGCUUGUUAUUUUGUACUAUGUCCUCCAAAAACUGUUCACUGGUCAUGGUGAGGAUAUCAAUUUUGGUAGAUUCCUUUCUAGAACUUCUCCCUAUAUGUGGGCUAAUCUCGGUAUAGCGUUUUGCAUAGGCCUGUCCGUGGUGGGAGCUGCAUGGGGUAUUUUUAUUACCGGCUCUUCGAUAAUUGGUGCAGGUGUUCGUGCGCCAAGAAUAACUACCAAGAACUUGAUAUCUAUCAUUUUCUGUGAAGUUGUGGCGAUUUAUGGGCUUAUUAUGGCAAUUGUAUUUUCUUCCAAGGUUACUGUUGCCUCGGCUGAGACUUUGUUUUCGAAAUCCAACUUGUAUACUGGAUAUGCGUUGUUUUGGGCUGGUCUUGCGGUCGGCAUGUCGAAUUUAAUUUGCGGUGUGGCAGUGGGAAUUACUGGUGCUACAGCGGCAGUGGCAGAUGCCUCUAAUUCAGCCUUAUUUGUGAAAAUUUUAGUGAUUGAGAUUUUUGGUUCUGUAUUGGGCCUACUUGGGUUAAUUGUUGGCCUGCUAAUGGCAGGCAAGGCAGUUGAAUUCCAAUGA